AUGUCAACCGAAUCGAAAAUCAUCAAACCUAUCGCUAAGGGAAUCGUUCACAGAAUAUGUUCCGGUCAAGUCAUCCUCGACCUCUCCUCCGCCGUCAAAGAACUCGUCGAAAAUAGCCUAGACGCCGGCGCCACCAGCAUCGAAAUCUCUCUCAAAGACUUCGGCGAAGAAUGGUUUCAAGUCAUCGAUAACGGUUGCGGCAUUUCACCAAACAGUUUCAAGGUUCUUGCACUCAAGCAUCAUACUUCGAAAUUAUCGGAGUUCCAUGAUCUUCAGUCUCUUACUACUUUUGGAUUUAGAGGAGAGGCACUGAGUUCUCUUUGUGCUCUUGGAAACUUGACGAUUGAAACGAGAACCGCGAACGAACAGGUUGCUACGCUCUUGACAUUUAACCAUUCCGGUGCUCUGGCGGCUGAAAAGAAUACUGCGCGACAAGUUGGAACGACUGUCACUGUUAAGAAGCUUUUCUCCAAUCUUCCGGUGAGAAGCAAAGAGUUUAAGCGGAAUAUUCGUAAGGAAUAUGGCAAGUUGGUUUCUCUCUUGAAUGCAUAUGCCCUUAUUGCAAAAGGUGUUCGGUUCGGCUGUACUAACACGACUGGCAAAAAUGCAAAGUAUGUGGUACUUAAAACACAAGGAAAUGAUUCUCUAAAAGAUAACAUUAUAACAGUGCUUGGCAUGAAUACUUUCAAUUGCUUGGAACCCAUGUCAUUGUGUAUAUCUGAGAGUUGUAAAGUUGAUGGUUUUCUUUCCAAGCCUGGACUGGGUAAUGGAAGGAAUUUGGGAGAUAGGCAGUAUUUUUUUGUAAAUGGUAGACCCGUGGAUAUGCCCAAAGUCGGUAAACUUGUGAAUGAGUUGUAUAGAAGUGCAAACUCUAAACAGUAUCCCAUUGCAAUCUUGAAUUUUUCAGUUCCGACGAAAGUGUAUGAUGUCAAUGUCACUCCUGAUAAGAGGAAAAUAUUUUUUUCUGAAGAAACUUCUUUGUUGCAAGCCCUGAGAGAGGGCUUACAACAAAUAUAUUCUCCCGAUAACGCCUCUUAUGCUGUCAAUGAAUUUAUGCAGCCUGUAGUGAAAGAAAACUGCCUUGAGUUGUGUUCCUCUCAAAAGAAGUCUCCUUUCGUAACAAAACCUUCAUCCCUAAGUGGCACUCUUCCUUGUGAAGACCAUUAUACCGAGUGCGAAACUGGUAGUAUUUCUCGGGAUAAAGAUAAUGCUGACUGCAACACUGAUAGUAUAUCUCACUAUGAGCAUAAGGAGAAACACACCGCUGAUUCUAAAGAUGCUUCUGAAUCUGAUGACGACGGUCUAUUCUCAGAAGAAAGGUUGAUUCGUGAGAAUGUUGGGGGUUCAAUGGGCCAGGAGUUCACACUCAGAGUGCACAAAUCUUUAAAGGGUGAUGCAAGUGGAAGAAAGCCAGCAUCUGUGCACAGUUCUUGGCGCAAUCAAUCUACCCGGGUCUCAAAGACUUUCGAGAGUGGGGGCUCUUUUAGUCAAUAUUCAUCUGAUUCAUCAAGACAUGUUCAGUCAACUCUUAACAAUUUUGUUUCUGUGAGUAAAAGAAAACAUGAUGACAUCAUUACAGCCUUAUCUGAAGUGCCUGUUCUCAGAAAUCAAGCUCCACAACAUCAAUUGAAGGCUGCGAAUACUGAAACUAGUGACUCGAUAACAAGAUCAUAUCUUCAUUUGGACCAAAUCAAUGAAACUUCUAAGCCGAGUCAGACUGAAAAUUUGCAGCAACUUAAUCCUGAUAGCAUCAACCACAAAAGUGUGAAUUCUCCAUCUUUUAGAGAUGGUUCUACUGACAGAGAACCCGGCAUGAAACUGUACCAAGAGAAUACAACCCAGCUAGCUGAUUCAGCAACAAUUACACCAUCUAGCAACAAUCUGAUCAGUACUAAAGAGCAUGUUUUGGUCUCAGACUCUCCAAUUCGUUCAUCGCCUCUACGAUUAGAUUCUCCCAAGUCUUCUGGUCAGAAGAUAUUCUCCAACAUGCAAUUUUCUUAUCAGGACCUUAAGAGUAGGAGAGAGAAGACUUUUUCUUUGAUGCAACCCAAAAAUAACAGAAACGGAAAAUAUAAUGGCCAAAGUCACUAUACGGCUGCAACUCUGGAGCUUUCACAGCCAGAAAUUGAACAGCAGAAAGAAAGGUAUUUGGCAGCAGCAGCUACCGAACUGGAAAGAUUGUUCAAGAAGGAAGACUUCAGCAGAAUGAAGGUGAUAGGACAAUUCAAUCUUGGAUUCAUCAUUGGUAAAUUGGAUCAAGAUUUAUUCAUUGUGGAUCAGCAUGCUGCUGACGAGAAAUACAAUUUUGAGUGUCUGUCCCAAUCAACCAUAUUGAACCAACAGCCUCUACUUAGGCCAAUAAAUUUGGAGUUAUCCCCCGAGGAAGAAAUAGUUGCUUCGAUUCACAUGGACAUAAUCAGGAAGAAUGGAUUUACUCUGGAAGAGGAUCUAAAUGCGCCACCUGGAUGCCGUUAUAAAUUAAAGUCUGUCCCCUACAGUAAAAACACUAUGUUUGGAGUUGAAGAUGUUAAGGAUCUGAUCUCAACCCUAUCUGAUGGUGAUGGUCAUGGCGAAUGUUCCAUAAUUGGUAGUUAUAAACAAGAUUCCACGGAUUCAGUUUGCCCUCCAAGAGUUCGUGCAAUGUUGGCAUCUCGAGCAUGUCGAUCAUCAAUUAUGAUUGGUGAUGCACUUGGAAGAAAUGAAAUGCAGAAGAUACUUGAGCAUUUGGCGGAGCUGAAAUCCCCAUGGAAUUGUCCCCAUGGCAGGCCGACCAUGCGCCAUUUAGUUGACCUUACCAAAGUUCACAAAAUGCAGAUGUAA